CAAAGUAAGCCAUAACAGCAAACAAAAGAUCAGUAACUGAGAGGAUGUUCCAGCUGCAACUAACAGGCUGAAAGCUCUGGUCCACCGCCGCCGCUGCUCCUGGAGAAAAACUCGCUUCUCUCAGAUUGUAGAGCACAUCCGAGCCUUCAUUUAAUUCUGUCAUCAUACAAGUUUCCCUCACUUGGUUGUUACUGGUGUUCACAGUCUGGCCAGAAACAUGUGGAGCUACGUGGACAACACAAUAAGGUGGUGGUGGAUCCCUGAUUGGCUGCCAUCAUGGUGUCCAACCUCCAAGGGCCAGCUGAAGGCUGCAGAGGACAAGAUGCUCCGAUGUAUCAGCAGUGCUUUUACCAAACAGUUUAUCCCCAUCUCCAAUGGCGACAUGUUGUGGACUUUAACCUUCAGCAGUAACAGCAUGAAAGCCAAAACCCCGCUAGUUCUGCUGCAUGGGUUUGGAGGUGGCGUGGGUCUCUGGGCUCAGAACCUGGAAGCUCUUUCACAGCGUCGGACUGUUUUUGCUCUGGACCUGCUGGGCUUUGGCCAGAGCACCAGACCUCAGUUUUCUACGGACGCUCAGAGCGCAGAGGAUCAGUUUGUAGAGUCUAUCGAGCAGUGGAGGACCAGGGUGGGUCUGGAGUCCAUGAUACUCCUUGGUCACAACCUUGGAGGAUACCUGGCUGUGUCAUAUUCUAUUAAAUAUCCAGGCAGAGUGAAACAUAUCAUAGUGGUGGAGCCGUGGGGUUUCCCUGAGGGUCAGGACACUGUUGAUACUGACCGUCCCAUCCCCGUGUGGAUCAAAGCCAUCGGCGCCAUGUUCAGUCCCUUCAACCCGCUGGCUGGGCUGCGACUGGUAGGACCACUGGCAGGCCCGACUCUGGUCCAGACCUUUAGGCCUGACUUCAAGAGGAAGUUCUCCUCCAUGUUUACAGACAACACCGUAUCCGAGUACAUCUACCACCUCAAUGUGCAAUUCCCCAGCGGAGAGACUGCUUUUAAGAAUAUGAGCGGUCCCUGCGGCUGGGCAAAGAGGCCGAUGCUGCAGAGGAUGGACCAGCUGCAGCCUGAAACCCCCAUCACCAUCAUCUAUGGCUCCCGCUCCAGUAUAGACAGUAAUGUGGGCGACAGCAUCAAGGAGAUGAUACCACAAUCUCUGGUAGACGUAAUAACCAUCCGUGGAGCCGGACACUAUGUGUACGCUGACCAGCCCGACGACUUCAACCACAAGGUUUUGCAGGUGUGUGAGAAAGUGGACUGAAAGCAGAGAUCAGCAUGGUGCUUAAACUCUGGAGAAAAAGAGGACAAAUAUAUGAAAUGACCUCACUUCAUCAGCUGCUGUGGAACCACAGGAUCCCACUGUCCCAAAGAGAAAAAGAAGUGGCUUUUGUACAUAAGCACUGAUUGCAGUUUGACUCACACAUCAGGAGGUGCUGAAGUUCACAUUAAAUCAUCUGACCAGCGAUUCGGCCAUCUUCUUAGACGGCUGAAUAAUUACUCAGAGAUGACAAUAUUUCUCAAGUCCACUAUUCAGAAUCAUUUACCAACAAUAAUACUGUGUCACAAGGACAAGUGGACACAUAGCUGAAGAUUUAGUUACACAGUCUUCUUAGAAGUGUCUCUCCUAACACUGUGAAAAAUAGAGGCUGUUUGAUUAGUCUCCAACCAGAACACCUUAGAUUACUGUCAUCUCCUGGAAAAUGGUUCAAAAUUAUUCUGAAAAAUGUUAGCAUCAAUAUAUAGUUUUUUAUUUAUUAACCGAUAUCAUGUGUUGAUGAUGUAGAGCGCUGUAUAAAAUCUUUUCCAGUACAUCCUGAAGAUCUUCAGUGGUAGCUGAUAUGAAGACGCCUCAUACUCCCUGAACCGCUCUUUUAGCUUGAACUUGAUGAAUCCUGGUGUUAUCUUGGAAUAGACCAGUGUCAUCAAGAGAGACAGAAAUAUUGAUGGAAAAGUAUUCAGGUAGUCAGCGGAUACAAGGCAAGGCAAAUUAGUUUAUACAGCAGACUUCAUGUUUUCUGAUAGUUUGUUCCAUAUACAGUAUUAGGAACAGGAAAAAUAAAUGUGUAGUUUUAACUCUCAGGAUGGAAACCAAAAUUGAAGUUGAUGAUCUUAGAAGUCUCAGUGGCUCAUAUCGAGUUAGCAGAUCAGAUAUAUAUAUUUGGGUCAGAACCACUCAGAGCUUUGUACACCAGCAGCAACAUUUUAAAAUCAAUUCUUUGGUUCACAGGAAGUCAGUGUAGAGAUGUAAGAACCGGAGCGAUAUGUUCCCUUGUUUUGAACUUUGUAAGAACAUGAGCUGCAGCAUUCUAGAUUAGUUGCAGUUGUCUUAGUGAUUCUUUUAGAGAUCUGUAAAAACUCCAUUACAGUAGUCAAGACUAAAUAAUGCGAGCUGUCAUUUCCCAUUUUCUAGAUACAUUCUUCAGAAGGUAAAAGGUUGCCUCCCUAAUAUGGUUGUUAAAAUUUUGCUCAGAGUCCGAAAUGACAUCAAGAUUUCUCGACUCUGAUCCGUUGUUUUUAAUAUUGCUGACUGAAGUUGGACACAAAUCUUUGGGCUCUAAUCGUUGUUUUAAAAUGCAAUGAUUUAAAUUUUAUCUUUAAUCAGCUGAAUAUGAAACUCUGACAUUCAAGUAUUGAUUUAACUGAGACUCAAACUAAAGCUUUGUACGGGACCAGAGUCCUCUGGUGAGACAGGAAUAAUAGAGCUGAGUGUCGUCAGUAUAAUGAUGAUCAGAUAUUUUUUUUUGUUCCCAUCAUCUUAACCAGUAGGAGCAUCUAGAUGCUGAACAAUAGGGGGCCCAACAUGGAGCCUUGGGGAACUCCACGUGUCAUCUUUGUUUGAAUAAGUCUAUAGUUACCAAUUGAUAUGAAGUAGUUUCUAUUUUUCAAGUAUAAUACAAUACAGAACUAGGCUGGAGUUUUCCACCCAAUUUUCCAGUUGGUCUAAUAAGAUUUUACGGUGGCUUGUGUUUAAAGGAGCACUGAGAUCUAACAGAACCAAACUUCUGCUUCUAUCUGUGUUUACAUUGAUUUUGCUUUGCAAACAAAAUACAGCUAAAAUAAAUAAAAUUCUUGACAGUAAUGCAAUAAAACAAAAUAAUAAAAUGUUUGAAAACAAGACUAAUAAACUUUAAAAUAAUUAAAUAAAUGUUUCCGUUGGGCUGCACGGUAGUGUGGUAGUUAGCACCGCGGCCUCACAGCAAGAAGGUCGCUGGUUUGAGCCUCUGGGGGGAGGUUCGAACCUGGGGAGUGGUGGCCUUUCUGUGUGGAGUUUGCAUCUUCGCCGUGUAUGCCUGGGUUCUCUCCGGGUUCUCUCCAGGCUCCCGCUUACCCGCGACCUACAAUGAACAAAGCAGUACUUAGAAUGAAUGAAUGAAAGGAUUUCAGACAUAAUGUAUGUGUAUUUCUUCUUAAAUGUUUCUCAUGGAAACAGUUAAUUUAAUGUAUAACACUGAAGAGAGAGCCUAAAGUCUAAAUCUACAAGAAUAAACUGAACAGCGUCUGCUGUUAAGUUAUUUGCUUUAUAAUUGUUUUUGAACCUGUAAAAUUCUAUAUAAGUACAAUGUAUUUAACAAACAUGCUCCCUUAUGCAGUGACGCUGCUGUUUCCUCUACUUUAUAAAGAGUCAAAACAAAUUAAAUGUUCAAUGUAUGAUUGUGGUCCACUUUCUUCAUUUGAGUCCAAGUAAAUAUUCUGCUCUACAAUAAAUGUUUAAUCUGCAACAUAAAACCAUAAUUCCACUUCUGCCCUUCUCUUGCAUUUAUUUUGAUGAAGCAUUAACAGAUUAACCCCCCCAGCUCUUAUCAUCUUGGAGGGAGAGAAAUUAUUCCUUUGUGUCUGUGUUCAGCACAGUGCCAUUGUAGUUCUUCCUUUCUACCACUAGAGAGCACUCAUGUGUAGUUGCUGCUGAGAGAGAAAUCUCACAGGUGCUGGAAAAACAUGGAAACU